AUGAAGCAUCAUCUCAUGGUCGGCACCUGGACUGCCCCCGGUCGCAUCUAUACUGUUCAAUUUGACGAUGAGGCUCUCACACUCGACCUGGUCAAGAAAACCGACAUCCCCGAGGCCGAGCCUAUCUCGUGGAUGACCUUUUCGCACGACAAAAAGACUAUUUAUGGGGCUGCCAUGAAGAAGUGGAACAGCUUCGCCGUCCACAGCCCGACCGAGAUCGCGCACCAGACAUCGCACCCAGUCGCUGGUCACCCGCAGGCUGCCAGCAACGACACCAACACCCGCGCUAUCUUUGUGCUCGCCGCCCGCCAGCCGCCCUACAAUGUGUACGGCAACCCUUUCUACAAGUAUGCCGGCUACGGUAAUGUGUUUUCCGUGAAGCCUAACGGUGCUCUGGACACCAACGUGCAAAACUACGAGUAUGAGCACACAACCGGUAUCCACGGCAUGGUCUUCGACCCUACCGAGACCUACCUGUACUCGGCCGAUCUCCAGGCCAACAAAAUCUGGACACAUCGCAAAGACCCCCAGACGGGCCAACUGACGCUUGUCGACUGCCUCGAGGCUCCCUCGCCUGAUGACCACCCGCGCUGGAUGGAGAUUCACCCCAGCGGGAAGUAUUUGUAUGCCCUCAUGGAGGCGGGUAACCGACUGGCAGUCUACGUGAUCGAUGAGCGUGCUCACAAACCGGUGUUCACCCACAUUACCUACCCAUUACUGCCUUCUGGUGAGUGCGAUUCAAGUCAGAGAUGUCGACCAUCCAAGCUCAUUCCCCUUCUUCCUGGUACAGGACUGCCCCCACGCAACAAGUACCGCGGCGAUGUCACUUUCACCACACAGAGUGGAGAGUAUUUGUUCGCCACAACGCGGUCGAAUCAUUUCGACGUAACAGGGUAUAUCACGGCGUUCAAGCUGGGCCCGCAUGGCGAGAUCGAGCGCCAGCUGUUUAUCAACCCCACCUCAACCAGCGGCGGGCACUCGAAUGCAGUCAGCCCCUGUGACUUUAGUGACGAGUGGCUGGCCCUCUGCGAUGACCAACUGGGGUUCGUCGAAAUGUACCGGUGGCGCGACGAGAAGUUGGCUCGAGUGGCCCGGGUGGAUAUCCCUGAACAAGGGUUUGGCAUGAACGCCAUCUGGUACGAUUAA